GAAUAUUCCUUCAUCAUUUCCACUCCCACUUUUUAGGCUCCCUCUUCCUCUCUCUCUAUAGAUCCAUCUCCAUUCCAAUUUCAAAAGCUCCAACCUUUCAUCAAUGGUGAUCAUCACAGAGGAAGAAGACAACCAAAAACCACACCCAAAACCCUCCCCAAAUCCCAAACCCACCUCUUCUUCCAAACCCUCUCCACCAUCAAAACCACCCCAAAACGUUCCAAACCCAUUCGCCUUCUGGUUCUACUUCACCAUCACAGUCUCCAUCAUCACCUUCUUCUUCAUCUCCUUCUCCUCUCUCUCCCCGCAAGACCCAAAGUCGUGGUUUUUAAGCUUACCCACGUCGCUGCGUCAGCACUACUCCAAGGGCCGCACCGUAAAAGUCCAGACCCACCCGGACCAGUCCCCGUUUGAAGUCUUCACAGCUGAGAAAGGCGUCACGGAAUCGGAGAAGGUUAUAAUCGUCCAUGGGUUGGGGCUCAGUUCGUUUGGUUUUCGCAAGAUAAUUGAGGCUUUGGGUGCGAGAGGGGUUCAUGUUGUGGCGUUUGAUUUGCCCGGAAAUGGGUUUUCGGAUAAGUCGAAGGAGGAGAUUGAGGAGAACCCAGGUGGGUUUUUUGGGAGGUUGAGGUUUGUGGUUAGUGAAAUUCAAGAAAAGGGGCUGUUUUGGGCGUUUGAUGAGAUUGUGGCUACUGGGCAGGUGCCGUUUGAGGAGAUUGAGGCUCGGGCGAUGAAGAGGAAGGUGGUGAAGCCGAUUGAGUUGGGGCCUGGUGAGAUUGGGAAGGUGUUGGGGCAAGUGAUUGAGACAAUGGGGUUGGCUCCUGUGCAUUUGGUUCUGCAUGAUUCGGCUUUGGGGAUGGUUUCGAAUUGGGUUUUGGAGAAUGUGAAGUCUGUGAGGAGUGUGACAUUGAUUGAUACAGGGUCGAAAUCAGUAGGGGCUUUGCCCUUGUGGGCUUUGGAAGUGCCGUUGGUUAGGGAGUUGGUGUUGGGGGUUUCGUAUGCUCAUGCAUUGUUGAUUAGGAUGAGUUGUUCGAGAGGGGUUGGUGGUGCGGAUUUGGAUGCACAUAGAGUUCUUUUGAAAGGGAGGGAUGGGACGAAGGCGAUUGUUGGAAUGGGGAAGAAGUUGAAUCAUAGCUUUGAUAUUGCAGAAUGGGGUGGUUCAGAUGGACUGAAAGGAGUGCCAAUGCAGGUUCUUUGGUCUGGAAGUUGGUCUAAGGAAUGGAGUGAAGAGGGACACCGAGUUGCGAAUGCACUUCCAAAGGCAACUUUUGUCACCCAUUCUGGUGGAAGGUGGCCUCAGGAGGAUGCAGCCGAUGAAGUAGCUGGACACAUUGCAAAUUUUGUAACCUCGUUACCUGCUACUGUCAGAAAGGUCCAGGAAGAGCCGAUCCCUGAGCGUGUUCAGAAGUUGCUCGAUGAAGCCGAACAAAGUGGUCAUCACGGACAUGUUCAUGGCCAUGGGCAUGAAGAUCAUAGUCAUAAUGUUCAUGGCGCUGGAGCUGGCUAUCCUGAUCCGUACGGCCUUGGUCAUGGUCACGGAUGGUGAAAUCUACAACCUUACUUUUCUUUUUCUUUUUCCCAAAGGCAACAGUGGAGCUAGAAGUUAGGUUUUGGCCACUGCAUUACCUUUGGAAACUUUAUCUAUUGUACAAGAUGCCUUGAACAGCAAGUUUGUUGUGCUGAAUCUUUGAAGCUUGAGAGAUGUUGUAUCUGUAUUUCAAAGUAAAGAAAGGAAGCCCAGUCAUUUUAAUCUUUUCCCUUGUGGACACAAUUGUAAUAAAUCAACCAAAAGAUGUCCAAAAUGGACAAUUUUCUUA